AUGAUAACAGAUAAUGUUUUUCUUUUCAGUCGAUUCCAAGAGAGAAGAAAUCUCGGCAAUAUGGACUUUUGGACUCUUGUAGAUCACAGACACGACCUCGUCCAGGACAUCAAAAGUGAAACGAGCGGAAACUUCAGGGAGCUGCUGGUGGCGCUGCUUUCUCGUCCAACGGAGUACUACGCCCAACAGCUGCACAAGGCGGUGAAAGGAUUGGGAACCGACGAGAAGUGCAUUAUCGAAAUCAUGUGCUCUCUCAACAACCAGCAAAUAAGAAGCGUUCGAGAAGUCUACGAAGAAUUAUUCAAAAGCUCUCUAGAAGAAGACCUCGUUGAUGAUACUUCCGGAUACUUCAGAAGACUUCUACGAUCUCUCUGCACAGCUAGAAGAAAUGAAACUCGUGAAAUUGAUGUUGAAAAAGCUAAACUGGAUGCAGAAAGAUUGCAUGAAGCAGGAGAAUUGCACUUGGGUACCGACGAAGCUGUAUUUAACGAAAUACUAGCCUCUCGAAGUUAUCCUCAGCUAUUGCAGAUUUUUACCGAAUAUGAAACUCUUACUGGAAAUACUAUAGAAAAGGCAAUUGAGAACGAAUUUUCCGGAUCCAUCAAAGGAGCGUUGCUAGCAAUUGUUCAGUGCGCCCGUAGCAAGAUAAACUUCUACGCGGAGAGACUUUACAAGAGCAUGAAAGGUCUUGGAACAGACGAUAAAUCAUUGAUUCGGUUGGUGGUAACUCACUGUGAAGUAGAUAUGGUGGAGAUUAAAGAGUCGUUUCUCAGUCAUUAUGAAGAAACUCUGGAAGCAUUCAUUGAAGAUGAUACCUCUGGAAACUACCGAAAGGCUUUGAUUGCUUUAGUCAAAGAUGAAGAUGAUUGAAAAAUAAUGUUAUCGUUUGAGUUUCUUUUUUCUUGUACAAAAUGUUUGCUUUUUCAAAUACUGUAUAAAUGUGAUUGUGUCUUUCUUGAUUGUUAAUUUUCUUAAAAAAAUAUGUACUCCCAUCGUAGCUCGAAUCAUUGUUCGAGCUACGCUUGUUUAUGGACAAUACACAAAUAAAGAAUUGCAUCAAUCCGUAGUCAUUUAUCUUACAAUUUGACAGAAAACAGUACAUUUAAAUAUUAAUCAUUUCUUAUUUUUUGUUUAAAGACGACCUUCAUAUCUUGUAUUGAAUACGAU